AUGACUUUCGAUGGAAGAAGUAGUAAACAGCUCAUACCACUAACCUCCCUCUGCGUUGGUCAUUUUGCCGAGAAACUAGUCCUCCUUGCAGAAAAAAUGUCAAAAUUAGUGGCCACUACUAUUGGCCUUAUAACAUCCGCGGCUCUACUAUACAAUUUCCAGUCAGACAUAGAAAGUAAUACAACUCAAAUCCGAAAAAUGUUGCACAAAUCUCAAAGUCAACUUGAAGCUGCUUUGCCCACUCAUUUGAAGAGUGAUCAUUACGUUAAACAUCGACUGAUUCCGACGUUUAAGUCCACAUGGAAUGCGCAUGUUGAAACUUUUGCUCACAAGGUCUGCAAUUUUGAUGCAAGUGAAACGGCAAAAGCGGCGGUCAAAAGCGCAAAAUCAUUUUCCGAAGAAAAAGGAUGGAAAUAG